AACUCGGUAGAGGAGUGGUCAAAUAUCUUUUAUGUGUAAUUACUCAUACCGAUAGCAAACUUCCUAAUCGUGUAGACGGCCCAGAGUCCGCGAUUACAUUAUUUUUAUCUUUUUAGUAAAAUGGCUGAAACCUUUACAUUUGGAGGAACAUUAACACCAAUCACUUGUCAUGCAUGGAAUAAAGAACGAAAUCAAAUAGCAAUAUCCCCAAACAAUAAUGAAAUCCACAUAUAUAAAAGGAAUAAUAAUGAAUGGAAAAUUGUCGACAUACUUAAUCAACAUGAUUUGAGGGUAAUGGGAAUAGAUUGGGCGGAGAACACCAAUCGUAUCGUCAGCUGUGCUGCAGACAGAAAUGCAUACGUUUGGAAGCAAGGAGAGGAUGGUAAAUGGAAGCCUACGUUAGUUCUAUUGCGUAUCAACAGGGCUGCUACUUGCGUUAAGUGGUCACCCGCGGAAAACAAAUUUGCUGUGGGAUCUGGUGCACGUCUUAUUUCGGUUUGUUACUUCGAAUCCGAAAAUGAUUGGUGGGUUUCCAAGCAUAUUAAGAAACCUAUAAGAUCAACCAUCACAACACUCGAUUGGCAUCCAAAUAAUAUACUAUUGGCGGCAGGCUCAACAGAUUAUAAGGUGCGCAUUUUUUCAGCAUAUAUAAAAGACAUAGAAGAACAACCAUCGCCAACACCUUGGGGAAACCGAAUGCCGUUGGGAAAUUUAAUGGCCGAGUUUAAAAAUUCAAGCACAUAUGGCGGCGGUUGGAUAAAUGAUGUUAGAUUUUCUAGCGAUGGAAACAAAAUAUGUUGGGUGAGCCAUGACAGUUGUAUAAAUGUUGCUGAUGCAGCUAGUUCGAAUACAAUUAUAAGGUGCAAAACUGAGUUCCUUCCGUUCUUGGCUUGCGAAUGGAUAUCACUCACAUCUAUAAUAGUAGCUGGCCAUAGCUGUGUACCUCUUGUGUAUACGUUGCAGGGUGAGAAGCUCGUACUUUCAAAUAAACUCGAUAAGUCUCAAAAGAAGGAGAGUGGAGGUAUAUCUGCAAUGAGGAUUUUCCAAUCUUUAGACAGAAAUUUGCGUACGGAAAACUCAGAUACUCUUGUUGACUCCAUCCAUCAAAAUGCCAUUACUUGCAUACGCCUUUAUGCAGGCGACAAAUUGAAUAGUUCUCGAGUUAGCACAUCGGGAAUAGACGGUCAAUUGGUAAUUUGGGAUAUAGAUUCAAACAUCAAUAGCUUAAUGCAGGCUCUGAAAAUGUAAAUUAAUUUGUUCAUCAUAGGUACAUGGGUAAUAUCAAGGCCUAUUUACAUAAUAGGCAAAUUUAGGCCUCAGUCUUCUCUUGCUGUCAAAAGUUUUUCAACGUGAAAUUUAUCAAAAAAUAAAGUAUAAAAUAUUUCACUCAUUUUA